GGCAGACAGAUGAUGUCGAUAGGAUCACAGCGUCAAACAGGACAUCGAAGCCAACCACACUGUGACGACCAAAUCCAAUCUCUCUCUCUCUCUCUCUCUCUCUCUCAAUUUAUUCAACCAUUUCCUUCCUCAAAAUUUAAUAUACCCCCUCUCCUCUCCUCUCCGCCGCUAUUUAAGUCCAAAAUUUCAUCACUUACAUUUCCAUAUCAAACACACUACUACUACUGCUACCAUAGAGAGAGAAACAAAUAAAAUAUAUAUACAUAUAUAGAGAGAGAGAAAACAAAAAGCCCCCCUCCCACCACCACUUCGCCGGCGAUGAUGAUAGCUUAUCUAGAGCGUUUUGUUCACGAUAACGACACCGACCCAAAACCAGAUAACGACGGCGUAACCGUCUGCGGAAACCUAGACCUCCAAGGGACUGUUGAUUACAGGUCCACCGACUUAGCCGGAAAAGAUUUCGGCGGGCUGCAAACGGCCGAAGCCUUGGCGUUCAUCAGACCGGCCGGUUCGGAUGACGUAGCGAGAGUGGUCAGAGCGGCUUCUCAGUCAUCCAAUCUGACGGUGGCCGCUCGAGGCAACGGUCACUCCAUCAACGGGCAGGCGAUGGCCGGUGGAGGCCUCGUGAUCGACAUGAGAUCAAUGGAUGAUAAUUCCAUAUUCCAGGUGGUGAGAUUGAGCGACGGGUCCACAUAUGUCGACGUCAGCGGAGGGGCAUUGUGGGAAGACGUCUUGAAACGCUGCGUUUCGGGGUUCGGCCUCGCUCCGAGGUCGUGGACGGACUAUCUUGAUUUGACGGUGGGUGGUACGCUGUCUAACGCCGGCGUCAGCGGCCAGGCCUUCCGUUACGGACCACAAACGUCCAACGUCACGGAGUUGGAGGUCGUUAACGGCAAAGGCGAUACGUUAGUUUGUUCGGAGACCCAAAACUCCGAACUGUUCUUUGGGGCACUGGGUGGUCUUGGUCAGUUCGGUAUCAUCACUAGAGCUAGGGUUUUGCUACAGUCAGCCCCGGACAUGGUGAGAUGGGUAAGGGUGGUGUAUGCCGAGUUUAACGAGUUCGCUCGUGACGCCGAAUUUCUGGUGACUCGGCCGGAGGGCGAUUCGUUUGACUACGUUGAAGGCUUCGUGUUCGUGAACAGCGACGACCCGGUCAACGGCUGGCAAUCGGUGCCUUUGGCUUCGGAUCAAGUAUUUGACCCGACCCAUAUACCGCAUACUUCCGCCCCGGUUCUCUACUGUCUCGAAGUGGCCUUACAUUAUCGACACGUCCACAAUUCUUCAGCUGUUGAUAUGGAACGGAUGCUUGGACGGCUGACAUUUCUCAAGCAUCUGAAGUUCGAGGUGGAGCUGUCCUACGUGGAGUUUCUGUUGCGUGUGAAGCCUGCGGAGAAACAAGCCAGAGCAAAUGGCAUAUGGGACGCCCCACACCCGUGGUUGAACCUGUUCGUGUCCAAACGAGACAUAGUGGAUUUUGAUCGGACGGUCUUUAAGAAGAUCCUAAAGCACGGUGUUGGUGGGCCCAUGUUGGUUUAUCCUCUUCUCCGAGACAAGUGGGAUGAUCGUACCUCUGUGGUGUUGCCGGAAGGGGAAAUAUUCUACAUAGUAGCAUUGCUCCGAUUCAGCCUUCCGUUUCCGAAGGGUCCACCGGUUGAGGAAUUGGUGGCGCAGAAUCGUGAAAUUAUUCAUUGCUGCAUCAAAAAUGGCUUCAAUUUUAAGCUAUACUUUCCUCACUACAACUCUGAGGAGGAAUGGAAGCAACACUUUGGAAAUCAGUGGGCAAGAUUCGUGGAGCGGAAAGCCAAUUUUGAUCCAAUGGCCAUCCUUGCGCCAGGACAGAAGAUUUUCCCAAGGAACCGUCUGCCUUAGUAAUAGUAUCAUUAUCAAUGAAGCUCAAGUUGUUCCCUUUUUCUUUUCUUUUUUUCUUUUUUUUUUUUGGCAUCUUCUUACUGCUGAUUUUGAUUUGUAUCAGUAUGUCUAUUUCAAUUGGUUAAGAAAACAAUUUCAAGUUGUGUAAA